UUAGAGGGGGGAAAAAGAGGGGGAAAUCUCCCCAAGCCGAUACAAGGAGUAAAGACUGUGUUGUUGUAGCUUUUCCUACGAUAGAGGCGGUGAGUGCAUUUAGCCUUCUUUGGAAAGGUUCAGUGUAGCAAAUAAUGAUGGUGAUAAGCUAAGACUCCGGAUUAGUUUGGGUUGUGUGUGUCUAUUACUAGGUGAGGAAAUUUACAAGGCAGGAGGAAAAGUAUGAACGUUCCAGCAGACGGGAAACUCUGAACGUUCUGUUUCCCUCCAUUCGCUCCCCCUCCCUCGGGAAAACCUCAGCGUUCCAUCCGGAGGGUUUCAUUCUUCAGCGUUCCAUCCGGCCUCCCAAGCGUUCUGUUUGGGCGCCUCUUGCUAGAACAGGGGGAGUGGGAGGUAUAAGAAGGGAGACCAAGGCAGCAGAAAGAAGGGGUUUCUUCCUCGGAUACGGCUGCUUGAAGAUCAAAGGCAAACCCGGAGCUCCCUUUGUGUGCCGUCCUAGGAAGAUCUUGCUGUUCGCUCUUUCUUUUGCCUUAUUUUGAAACUCCGAAGUAUCGUGGCGGAAAGAAGCAAAGCACCCCCUCCUUGUGCAAGGGGGCUGGGCAGUCUGUUUUUUCCUGGGUGGAGAAAUCGUCGGAUAUUGGAUUUAGCAUCCUUUCUAAACCUAUUUUUUUAUGUGUUUGUGGGGUUUUUUUGUUUUUUGUUUUUGUCUGAGUGGCUAUAAGUAAGCAUCCAGCAUAUAUUUGGCAUCUUUUUUAAAAGGAGGGAACAAAUGCAAAUCUUUCCUUUUCCCCCCUUUUUGAUUUUUUGGAUAAUGAUUUCUGCUGUAUCUUGCCUAUGGAUUUUGGCGGGUGAGAAUUUCUGGAUCGUCUUGUAGAAGAGAGGUCUCUUUGAGACAGGAUGGAUGAUCAGAAACCACCUCGUGAGGACAAAUGCUCUGGUACACCAGCAGCAGAUGGAAUUGUGUCCUCAGAAGAGCAGGGCAAUGUGGAAGCUGAUCCUCUGAAGCCGCCAGAAGAGGGCCUUGUGAGAGAAGCAUUGGAUACAGCGGAUGUUAAAGAGGAACUGCUCCAGACCUGCAGCCUCCCACCCAAACGCUGUGCGUUCUGUAACUGCAGCAAGUGGAGCUUGCAUGGGCAGCGAGAACUGCUGCGGUUUGAUCCUGCACCUGGCUGGACAGCAGAUCUUUCUGAUUUGCCAGAAGGGAAGCAGCCUGGCUCUGCAGAAGCUGGAAAUGAUGAUCUCACCCUGAUUGGCUUUGCAGACAGUGUGUCAGCACAGGAGGUGUUUGAGCCAACAGGGCACUUCUGGGCUCAUCAUUGGUGUGUGGUGUGGUCAGCUGGAGUUGUACGUGCAGAAGGGUCAUGGCUGAGCCUUGUGAACAAAGCUGUCAUCUCAGGGAUUGCACAGAAAUGUGAACACUGUAACAGGCAGGGUGCUACUAUUCCAUGCCAUGCAGAAGGGUGCCAGCGCCACUAUCACUUUCCCUGUGCAGCGGCUAGUGGCUGCUUCCAGUCCAUGAAGAGUUUGAAACUUCUGUGUCCAGAGCAUCUCGAUCAGGCUGUACAGAUGGAGGAUUCACGCUGCAUGGUGUGCGAUGCUCCAGGGGAACUUCGUGAUCUACUCUUCUGCACUAGCUGUGGCUUGCACUAUCAUGGCACCUGCUUGGAGAUCACAGUAACGCCACGGAAACGCUCGGGCUGGCAGUGUCAUGAAUGCAAGGUUUGCCAAACCUGCAGGCUGUCUGGUGAGGACAGCAGGAUGUUAGUGUGCGAAGCCUGUGAAAAAUGCUACCACACCUACUGCUUGAAACCUGCUAUCGAGAGCCUCCCCACAGACUUCUGGAAGUGCAAAAGCUGCCGCGUUUGUUCUGACUGUGGCUUCCGCCCAUCCUCAUUGGAGUCCAGCAUCCAGUGGUACGAGAACUACUCUCUGUGUGAAGGAUGUCGUGAGCAGCGCUGCAACAAAGUUAACAGCACAGAGGCUGUGCAGCACAGACAGGAGCAUAUUCCCCCCGCAAGCAGCAUCCCCACAACUGACAAGGUGGCUUCCCCCCAACCCCUGGAAGAAGUUGGUGUGACCAGUCGGGAACAACCAGAAGGUAACGUCAGCCCUGUCAACAUGCAACAAGAAGAGCAAGUGCCGCUGGAGACUGGCCAGCAGCCCCUUGGUGCAGACAGACCUUUAGAACUGUGCAGUGAGGAUCUGGAGGCCACUGUAGGGCAGGAGCAAAUGGAAGUGGAAACAGCAUUAGAGCCUGAAAAAGCCCCCUCUCCACCACCCCCUCCCCCAGUACCACCAGAUCCGGUAUUUUCUGCUCACCCAGAGGAGUCCCCGCUUGGUGCCAAAGAGCAUCCUGCCUUUGAAUUGCUGCCCACAGAGCCGGAGCCCACAGAGAGUCACAUUGCACCUGCACCCUUGGCCCAGGAAACAGAGUCCUCUCCAAGGAGUCCUCUGCUUGGUGUGCUCCAAGAUGGUUCUUCAGAAACUGUUGAAGAAGGAGAGCCCAGUGAAGAGCCCAUGGACACGGAGGUGGAAGUGCCAGGCCUUGACAGCCCUGACAGGAAUAGAAUCCAGCCCAACCAAGAGGAGGAGGAAGAGGAGGAGGAGGAGGACGAGGUAGAGGUAGAGGUGGCAACAGCAACCAAGAUGGAACAUGAACAGAGAUUCUCCCCACAGCUGAGUGAAGAGGAGGCAUUAGAUGAAGGGCAUGUCACAGUUGGAUCAGAACCCAGUGAGAUUCACCUCAACUUUGCCAAUGAAUCUAAGUGCUCUCCUUCCCCAGUGGAGGUGGAAUUGCUGGGCAGAACGUCUCUUCCAGUGGAAGCCUAUGGAUCUGCCAUCCCACUUGAGGGAGGGGCUGUUGGAGAGGAGGAACUAGGACCAGCACCCCCAUCCCCAAGGCCUCACCACUUAGUGAAAUCGGAUAUUGUGAAUGAGAUCUCAAACCUGAGUCAGGGUGAUGCCAGUGCCAGCAGUUUUCCAGGCUCAGAGCUCCCAUUUGCCUCCCCAUAUCAUGAAGGUGGAGGCUCACUUUCCCUCGAGAUGGCUGGCUUAACUUCCACAGACAUCAGUCUGCAGAGGGAAGAUGGAGCCUCUUUGCCCCUGGGUGAAAUGGAUGAUUCCCUGCUAUAUGAUGUAAAAGGCGAAUGUGAGAAGGGACGACGGCGUAGCUCCCCAGCCCGUUCUCGUGUCAAGCAGGGUCGCAGCAGCAGUUUUCCUGGGAGGAGACGGCCUCGGGGAGGGUCUCACACGGGCCGAGGGCGGGGCCGAUCACGUUUGAAAUCCACCACUUCUUCCAUCGAGACACUGGCGCUUGCUGAUAUUGACAGCUCCCCAAGCAAAGAGGAGGAAGAGGAUGAUGACGACACAAUGCAAAACACAGUGGUGCUCUUCUCCAACACAGACAAAUUUGUGCUAAUGCAGGACAUGUGCGUAGUGUGUGGUAGUUUUGGCCGUGGUGCAGAGGGCCAUCUUCUGGCUUGCUCUCAGUGUUCUCAGUGUUACCAUCCUUAUUGUGUAAACAGCAAGAUUACUAAGGUGAUGCUGCUCAAGGGUUGGCGUUGUGUGGAAUGCAUUGUGUGUGAGGUGUGUGGCAAAGCAUCUGACCCCUCCCGCCUUCUGCUCUGCGAUGAUUGUGACAUCAGCUACCACACAUAUUGCCUGGAUCCACCUCUCAACACAGUGCCCAAGGGCGGCUGGAAAUGUAAAUGGUGUGUGUGCUGUGUGCAGUGCGGAGCAGUUUCACCUGGCUUCCACUGUGAAUGGCAGAGCAAUUACACCCACUGUGCUCCCUGCGCCAGUCUUGUCACUUGUCCCAUCUGCCAUGUGAAAUAUGUUGAGGAUGACCUCUUAAUCCAGUGUCAGCAUUGUGAACGGUGGAUGCAUGCUGUAUGUGACAACCUUUUCAGCGAGGAAGAAGUAGAACAGGCAGCGGACGAGGGAUUUGAUUGCACCUCAUGCCAGCCAUAUGUAGUCAAGCCUGUUGUUCCAGUUCCCCCUCCAGAAAUUAUUCCAGUGAAGAUCAAGGAACCAGAGCCCCAGUAUUUUCGCUUUGAAGGUGUUUGGUUAACAGAGGCGGGCAUGGCAGUGCUACGUAACCUGUCUUUGUCACCACUGCACAAGCGUCGGCCGCGCAAGACUACACCAGCAACACCAACGAUGCCACGGCCAGGCAUGCUUAAUGGUGAAGGUGGAUUAGAUUGCCUCGGCCCUCUGGGUACAGAUGAAAAAAGGGGUGGUGAUGUGGAAGCAGACGAAAUCCUGAAAGCUGAAGUUAGCGUUGAACACAUGGAGUGUGAGAUCAAAUUGGAAGCCCCCCCUACUCCGGACAGAGAAACUACAGCUGAGGCUGAUAUUGGAAAAGGCCUUUUGGAAGACUCUGAGGAGGUCAAGAAGCGGAAGCGGAAGCCCUAUCGCCCAGGUAUUGGAGGUUUCAUGGUGCGACAGCGGAAAUCACACACACGCUUGAAAAAGGGUUCAGUACUCUUAGCAGAAGUCUCUCGUGAGCUGACAGCUGCAGAAGGGCAACCAGAAGAGGGAGUGCAACCUAACCCACCUGCUGAAAAUCCUGCUGAGACCUUGGCUGAACAGGGAGUGGUUGAGGCUGAUGAAAAGAAGAAACGGCGGGGGCGGAAGAAGAGCAAGCUAGAAGACAUGUUCCCUGCCUAUCUUCAGGAAGCAUUUUUUGGCAAAGCACUCCUAGACCUGAGCAGACAGGCCCUGUUGGCUGCUGGUGGUGUGCGUGGAGAUGGAACUGCCCAUCCUCCUGUCGGCCAGGGAGCUCCCAGACCCAAGGUGGAUUCCGGCAUGCUCCAAAAAGGGCCUGAGGAUGGGAAGGCAGCUCUGGUUCAGCCCAAAGGAGAUGAAUGCCUUAGCAGCAGGGAAACGGCAGCUCCUGAAGGCAACUUAAAAGCAGCCGAUGCCAAGACUGAGAAUACUGGCACAGAAGAGCAGAUGGUGCCCAAGACCUCUCCAGAACCUACAGGUGCCGAGAACCCAACCACACCCCCGGGGGAGGGGGUGCUCAGCUCCGACCUUGACAAAAUCCCCACUGAAGAGUUACCGAAAAUGGAGAGCAAGGAUGUUCAGCAGCUCUUUAAAGAUGUCCUGGGUUCUACUGAACGAGAGCAGCAGCUUAACUCUGUUGGGGUAGACGCUGAGGCCAGAGGCAUUCGUGAUCCAAACUGCUCACAGCUUGCCCAGAGGCCUUUUCUUCAAGGUAGUGGUGCAUCCCUUGGGCCCCUGCAGCCUGCUGUACCCAUGGAGACUUACUCUGGAGUUUGCCAGUCCCCAUUCCUUGAUAACAAGGAGAGGAGUGGCUUCUUCAGCCCUGAGCAGUGUGAACCAGAGAGUCCUUGGGCCAGCAGCUCUGCAGCUUCCACGCCAACCACACCCACGACAGAGGGGGAAAGCGAUGGGCUCUCAUACAACCAGCGGAGCCUGCAACGUUGGGAGAAGGAUGAGGAACUGGGAGAGCUUUCUACCAUCUCACCUGUCCUUUAUGCCAACAUGAAUUUCCCCAGCCUAAAGCAGGAUUACCCAGAUUGGUCUAGCCGUUGCAAGCAGAUCAUGAAGCUUUGGCGAAAGGUGCCAGCUCCAGACAAAGCCCCUUAUUUGCAAAAGGCCAAAGAUAACCGGGCAGCCCACCGCAUUAACAAGGUGCAGAAGCAAGCUGAGAGCCAGAUCAGCAAACAAACCAAAGUGGAGGUGCUGCGAAGGCCAGACCGCCCCACCCUUCAUCUACGCAUACCAUCCCAGCAGGGGGUGCUGUCUGGUGCCACUCAGCCAUUGCCACCUCCUUCCUCUGCUGCUUCAGCAUCGGGGCAGCCCCUCUACAUCAAUCAUGCUGCAGCUCUGCCAAGUGGGUCAGGCGUCGAGUCGCCCAGUGAGCUCUUCCUCAAGCUUCCCUCUUCUGCCACCAGUGCCCAGCCCCCAGUGCCAGUGCCUUUGCAUGAGCCCUAUGGCAUGGCCUCUGCUUGCCCUCCACCAGAUCCAGGUUUUCCUUCCCCCUCCUUGGUGGGCCAGAGUCCUACAGUGCCUGGCGGCUUUGUCUCUUCCUCUUCCGCCGCCUCUGGACAAUCUCCACUCCUACCAAACCCUCGUCCAGCCCCACAGACUGGAGAGUUGCAGCCCACCCCACCUGGAACCCCAAGGCAUCAGCCCUCUACACCGGACCCCUUCCUUAAGCCCCGCUGCCCAAGUGGAUCCCUGGAAAACUUGUCUGUGCCUGGAAGCCCUCAGCGAGCUGCACUUCUGCUUUCCCCCCCACCCUUUGGGGAGCAGCAAAAGAAAGGGUUGGAUGUCAAGAAGGAGGACACUGGUCCAGCGAUUAGCUCUCCUAGUUACAGCUCCAGCUAUAGCAACUCCCCUUCCAGUGCUCACCCCUCCAGUGAAAUGAAGGCCCCUGACGUUUUUAAAGCCCCACUCACCCCACGCCAGUCUCAGGUGGAGCCACAAAGCCCAGGCUUAGGGCAUCGGCCCCCAGAUUCUCACCCUCUGGCUGCUUCCCCACCCAGCCAGGCUGAUCUCUAUAGGCAGUCGCCUUACCCAGAUCCCUAUGCCCAGCCCCCACUGACCCCAAGGCCUCAGCCCCCACCUCCAGAGGCCUGCUGCGUUUUGCCGCCUCGCUCGCUGCCUUCUGACCCCUUCUCACGCAUACCUGCCAGCCCACAGUCUCAAUCUAGCUCCCAGUCCCCUCUCACUCCCCGUCCGCUCUCCAAUGAAGCCUUCUGCCAGUCUCCUGUCACUCCUCGCUUUCAGUCCCCUGACCCCUACUCCAGACCUCCUUCCCGGCCCCAGUCCCGGGACCCCUUUGCCCCCUUGCACAAGCCCCCUCGGGCUCAAAUCCCAGAUGCUGGCUUCAAGCCAAUGCCUGUCUCCCAUAACACCCUGGCAGUUGGGAGUUUCUCAGUAGUGCCACCCUCAUCUGAGUCCCACCCAAAGACCAACCAGCAAUCUCAGUUUAUUCGCUCCCCUGGUGCCAGUGUCUUUCCCAGUGCUCAGCCGCAGAUGCGGUUCACCUUCCCUCCCAAUGAGCCAGUCAAAAGUUCUCCUUCCCAAGGGGUCAACAGCCAUUUUGCUCCUGGCAAACCUCAAAGCACAAGCUAUGUUUCUUCACCGGGCUUCCACCAGGCUGGGAGCCCUCUGGGCCCAAGCAAAAACACCCCAGACUCCUACACAAUCUCCCCGCUACGACCUCCAUCGGUGCUGCCCCAGCAGCCGCCUUCACAGCAAGAUGGCGCUUUGUCCUUCCUGCCACGAGGAGGCAUGCCCUCAAGUGACAAGAGGGAGGAGGGGACAAUAGGACCCCCCAGUAGGGAGCUGCAAGAACUGACAGCUGGCCAGGAGGGGGCUGUCAGCAGCAACACUACCCAGACGGAGAUGGAAAAACAGCGCCAGCGCCAGAGGCUCCGGGAGUUGCUUAUACGUCAGCAGAUCCAGAGGAACAACUUGAGGCAAGAAAAAGAGAGUGCAGCAGCUGCAGCCACCAGUGUUCAGUCCUCGUGGAAUGCUGAGGCCCCUGGGCCAGCCUUUGAGCAGAUCAGUCGCAGCAUGACUCCGUACCCAUCAGCACAGGACAAGGGACUACUUGGUAGCUUGGGGAGCACCCCAGGGGGCAGCAAACUCCCCAGUGGUGUGAUGGUACAGGCACCCUACAUGCAGGAUGAACGACUGGCUCGGCCACCUCCAGCAGCAACGCCGUCAGCUGUGGAUAUCAAUGGCAGGCCAUCAGUAACAGCAGCUGCACAGCCAUUUUAUGCCCGCAGUGUCUUCCAAACUCCACCUGCACAGCAGCAGAUGUGGCAGCAGCAGCAGCAGCAGCAGCAAGCAGCAUCCAUGCGUCUCCCAGUCUCUUCACGCUUCCUACAGCCCCCCACCCAAGACCUAAGUCGUCAGACUUUGGGAGGCCUGGCUCCGCGCCUGCCUGCUCCUGGGGAACAGUUUCAGACUUCAUCUGGCCCACUAGGAGCCCAGUUCAUUGAGUUAAGGCACAACAUCCCAAAAGGAGUGCUAGGAAGUGGAGCUGGCCCUCCGUUUGUCCAACAGAAUCUGCAGGCUCGACCCAGAUUCUUCUUGCCUGGGAAUGACAGUACCAAUCAGGCUUUGAAAGCUUCCAUUAUGCCUGUGCAGGCCCCUGUCCUGGGAAGCCAAGGGAUGCAAACACAGAAGAUCCCUAUUUCAUCCUCCCUUCAGGGUUCAGAGAUGAGCAAUAAUCAUCACUCUCAUGCCAAGGCCAUUCCCCAGUUAAUACUGCCUCCUGGCAACAUGGAGGUGCGACAUAUCCCAGCCCGAACACCCUCUUCAUCUGUCCCUAAAGAUGUACCCCUUGCCUCAGCCAACAUUGACGCUACCCCAGCCGCUGGCAAGAAUCAGCUAGGUCUAGUCAGCAGGCCAUUAGCUUGCGAGGUCCCAGUGGAACCAGAUUUAGAUGAUGAUUUUGAUUCCCACAAGGACCUUGUUGAAGAUGAUGAUGACUUGGCCAACUUAAGCCUUGAUCCAGAUGUUGCCAAGGGUGAUGAUGAUCUUGACAACCUGGAUAACCUGGAAACCAAUGACCCACACCUUGAUGAUCUAUUAAAUGGUGAUGAGUUUGAUUUGCUAGCGUAUACAGACCCAGAACUGGACACUGGAGAUAAGAAGGAUAUCUUCAAUGAGCAUCUGCGGUUGGUGGAAUCUGCCAACGAAAAGGCUGAACGUGAGGAUCGGCUAAAAAAAGAGCCCUCUGUAGGUCCCUACCUCAAGGAUGCUCCCUCUGCUGGUGCUGGCAAGCCAGGUGAACAGAAGGCACCACUAAUGUCCAGAGAUGAUGUUCCCAAAGUGAAAGAAGGACUUGGCCUUCUCCAAGUUCCCUGUUCAUCUUCUGCAAGGGUGUCUCCAUCCCCCAUCCUUGCAACCUUCAAGGCCCAAAGUGACAUGCUGGACAGCAAGAUGGCUAGCCUGCCAGCUGAUAUCAAACCCAAGGUAGAGGAAGGCUGUAUAAAGCCCUCACCCUGCCAGUUUAAUACUAGCACUGCAGAGAAACCUCCUGUCAAAUCUGAAGGAGCAGAGAAAAUGAUUGCUACCUUAGGAGUAAACAUCAAAGCCAGCCAGAAUCUCAUGAGUUCUGGUGGAGUGCAACUUGGUAUGGCUCAGUUCCACAGCAACAGUCACACUUCCAUAUCAGAUAAGGUCCUCUACAGCACCCAAACCCGUCCAUCACUUAUUCCUGUCUCAGUGCCCAACAACACUAAUUCCAUCCUGGAAAAGUUUGAGCUAGAUGGAGGGCCCUUGAGUCUGACUAGUAGUCAGCAGCACUCUCCGGCUGAUGAACUAGACAAAAUGGAAAGCUCCUUGGUGGCCAGCGAGCUCCCUCUCCUGAUUGAAGAUCUGCUGGAACAUGAAAAGAAGGAACUGCAGAAGAAGCAGCAGAUGUCUGCCCAAAUGCCCGGGGGCUCCCAGCACCUCCAAUCCCACGCUGUAUUGGCACAUUCUGCUCCCCCUUCCCAACCUCAUGAUGGGCAGCUAGUAAGCCCUCAGCAACAGCUGCAGUUGAGCAUUGUAGCCAGACCACAGGGCAUGGUGGGCAACCAGCAACUGAUGCAGCAGCAGCAGCAGCAACGUCUGGCUGGUCCCCAGCAAAACCAAGGGCUAACACCACACCUGGGAGUACCUCAGAACCAGACUCACAUGCUUACCCCUCAGCAUGGCAUACAGGCAACUCAUAGCCAACAGAACCAACAGCAGGUCUUAGCCCAGAAGAAUAUGCAAGGCGUCCAGCAGCAGCAGAUGAUGGGACUUAAGCCCCAACAAAUUGUGAUGCAGCAGCAACAACAGCAGCAGCAGCAGCAGCAGCUGGCUAACAGCUUCUUCCCUGAUACGGAUCUAGAUAAAUUUGCUACUGAGGACAUAAUGGAUCCCAUUGCCAAAGCCAAGAUGGUGGCUCUAAAGGGUAUCAAGAAAGUCAUGGCACAAGGCAGCAUUGGGGUUGCUCCAGGCAUGAAUAGGUAAGCAGCUCCAGGCAUGAAUAGGUAAAGAGCAAGCUAGAGCACUGAUGGAGCAGAAGGUUUUGAGGCAGGAUUCCCAUGUAACAGUGAUAGCAGUUGCUUGACAUGGUUUGAGCUUCUUCCUCACCUUUAUUAUCAAAUUCAAAUAAUAAAUUUUAUUUUCAUUCCUGCCAAAGAUAGAUGAUAGGUCUGCCCCAGCCCUCC